GCAUAUGACAAUCUAGCGAUGAGUAGUAGGGUAGGGUAGGGUAUGAAUAUAACAAUACCUCUUUUGUUCAGUCGUACAAUUUUUCGUACAGUCGAUUCUUUAUCAUAUUUUUAUACUCUUCCUUACCAUGUUUCGACCACUUUUUUACCGACUGUAGCUCAAAAUGGGCAUACCUUGCGAACAACCAGCCCCUGGCGACCCCCACCCUACCGAAAUAUUGUUAUUGUUUUGUUUGUUGCGUCGUUAGAAAUAGUGACGAGUCGCUCAAAGAUGGAAGAUUUUUUUGAUGUGUUGAUGAACAAAAUCAAAGAGGACGAUUUCUAUGCUCUGAUAGGAUGUGACGAGUUAGCAACUGCGGAGCAAAUUGAAACUGAGUUUCGACAAAAGGCAAAAAUACUCCAUCCAGACAAAAACCCUGGCGAUGAAAACACAGCCAAGUUGUUCCAAAGAUUGCAAAAUGCUCGUAGUAUUCUGUGCGACGAGGAAAGCAGGAAGAAGUAUGACUUUUGGCGCAGAUCAGGAAUAGCUGUACCUUAUGGUCAAUGGAUUGGGCUCAGUGGAGCAGUACAUACAUCAUUACACUGGGCUGCUAAACCCAGAAAAGAACUCAUGCUUGACUACAGAAAAGUUGAAGCAAAUCCUCUGGAUGAAUUCUUUGACGGGAACCUAAAGGCAAAACGCUUAGUAUCAUCCAAUGAUGACAAUUUAAAGUUAUCAAAGUUACACAGAAGACAUGGAUGGAGUUCCAAGCAAGGAAGACACAUCAGCAAGUUUAGAAGAUAUGAGAUAUAGGACAAAUUGACUCUCAAGAACGUUUUGUAAAUAGUAUGGACAAUCAGUACACCCAAUCAUAAAGAAAACUAGAAAAGGGCUCAGUGUGAAUCAAUACUUUGAGAAAUUAGGCAACAGUGAGUGUGGGUUAAAUAUAAACGUUUCUCCACCAGGAGAUUGUUAAUUCACAGCUUGAUGAGGAUUACUUGAAAAUUUCAAUGUGGAUCCUCUUUUUCAGACAUUUCAAGAUCAUUUAGUAAGCCAUUUAUAAUACCAUAGUGCUUAAUUAACCAUCUUACACUAUCUCUUCUUGAGUGGAACAUGAUAGAAUGAAUCUGGUCAAUGACCAAUUUUUCAGUUAUUUUUCGAAGCUAAAGAGUUUCCUAUAUAAGAACACUUAGUGACUUGUUCCUAGUCAUUCAAAGUUUUUUCUUUUUGUUUUACUGUGAAUUGUUUGCAUAUUUAGUUUUGUACCAUAUAUUUAUUACAUCUUUCAGAACUAAAAGUAUGAAUGCUUAAAAUAUAGAAAAUAUUUAUCACUCUGGAA